AUGAACCAACCGAACCGCCUGCCUUCAGGACUAAAGAGGAGGUCUGAUUUCACUGACCCUGGACGCCUGGGAAGCUACCAUUUGCCUCGUCCGCAACAAUCACAUACCUCCCAGUCCUCCGACGCAUCUACAAGCCCGCACAGCUCCCAAGCAGGACAGACGCCAAAGGCUGUUGGGCAAUUGUCAUCUCUCACGACCCGACAGGGGAUCUCGUCUGACGUGGUCCCGACCCGAAUAGAUCCGUCCUUUCACGCUUCGUCGCCUAAGAUGAGGCUACCAUCCCCAUCGCCAACGUCAUCUGCUACGUUCGCACUCCCCCCUAUAGCACUAUCAUCAUCCACACCCGCAUCAUACACACCUUACUCUGGCAAUCCGCCUCACAUAUUUGGAACGGACUAUCUUAACAUCCAGAUGCUACAGCGCGAGAACACAGACCUGGCCUCUGCCUACGCCCAAGCUCAAAUUCACAUAGCAGACCUGGACGCAAGGGUUCAAGCCUCUCGCGCGGAGAAUGGGAAACUAGCCAUUGAACGACAAAAUUUGACAAGUAAAAUAGAGCUUCUUGACGCACAACUGGAAGAACUGGAGCAAAGCAUACAGCAGACCCAAGAGCAUACAGCAGCUAAGGACGCUCAAUACUCACGUAUUGUGGAAUUGUCCACGAGGCUACAGGUUCAAGGUGCAGCAGAGUCUCAAGCCCGAAAGGCGGAAAAACAUGAGUGGUGCUCUGAGAAGAAGAGCAUGCAGAGUGGGAUCGACUCCCUGAAAAACGAGGUAAAGUGUCUACGCAAGGCCAGCUACGCCCAAUUCACCGACCUAACGCCCUCACAUAUUGAUGAUUAUCCCAAUAGAAUCGAAUGCAACCCUGAUUUGGCAGCCAAGUCUUUGUCAGAUGGACUCAUUGCAGAAAUGGAGGCACUCGGACGUGCCAAUGCGAGGAUGGAAGAUGCUUUAGCCGGGGUUCGAGGGGAUAAUGCCCAGCUUGCUGAGUAUAUUGAGAAGCUGGGCAGUGUAGAGAGAAACAUUCAAAUGCAGUUGCAGAGGGUGGAGACCGCAAGAGGCAUGAUGGACGUUCUUGACGGUGAAAGGGCGACGGUGAAAGGGCGACGGCGAAGGAACGAGGAUUGA